AUGCCCUUCGCUCCGUUAUUGGCAUUUGCAGUCCUUGGUGUAUGGUUGUCUUACUGUAUCAGGGUACAGCUGUCGAAUCACCGAAAAAUGAGUUUCACAAGGAAGGAUAGGGACGAUUUCGUACGUGACGGAUAUGUCAUCUUGCAAAAUGUCGUUCCUGUGCAAAAAGCCCGCGAUGCUUUAUCGUACGUGGACGAAGCGUUUGCAACGAAUAGGUAUUCAGUGAGAGAAAACAAAGAUGAUAAGCUGCCGGCUUUUUGGGACAAGGAGCAAAAUUCCUCUGUGUUGACAGAUCUCGUUUUGAAAACGGGGAUCUUACCUGCCCUUGAGCACCUUUAUGGUACAGGAAACGUUGCUAUACUUGGCAAUGCAGGCCAAAUCGCAUUCCGCCCUCGCAAUGAUAGAAUGAUUGCCAAGGGGUUUCAAAAAGCUCAACUGAUGGGCUCGACUUCCUGGCACAUUGACGAUGGACCAGGAGGCAAAUACGUCAAGAGUUCAUCAUGUUUCACAACGCUCGUGGGAGUACCUCUGUCCCCUGGGCAAGAAAUCGAUGAGAAUAGGGGGCAGUUGCAUGUUUGGCCAGGUAGGCGACAUCUUUUUUUUUAA